AUGGCCCCCCCUCGCGGCCUCGGCCAGCUGAUGGGCAUUUUGAGCAUCUUGCUUCUGGCGCUUGUGCCGCAUCUGGUCGCAGCAGACUGUGAAUGCGGCUUUGUCGCGCACUCUCCCUUGACCAAGCAACAGGCCCAAGACUAUCCAGGGCCCGACCAGCUGUUCUUCACAAACAUGCUGGAGAGCAGGUUCUAUGACAUCCAGAACAUUUCUCGCGACAGCACCUGGAAGCGGCAGCAGUACAACGUCUCGGCUCGAGCUGGGCGAGGCGAGUACGGCAAGACGUUUGCUGUCGACAACGUCUAUAGCGUCCCCCAGACCGGUUCUAUGAAGGAUCCUUCUCAGCUCAGCGCCGGGUAUGCAGAUUCUAUAAACGGCGGGAUUGCGCUGGUUGUCGGCAGCGCUCUUGACAACGAUUCCAUCCCGGUGGCAGAGCUGGACUCGGCUCGAUCCGACAUGGGAUUUGGCUCGUACCGUGCUGGCAUGAAGCUGACUCCCGUGAAUGGCACCUGCGCAGCUUUCUUCUGGUACUUCAACGACACCCAGGAGAUUGACAUGGAGUUUCUAUCUCGAGAGUUUGAUGUGGAGAAACACGUCUAUCCCGUCAACCUCGUGAUCCAGUCGGAAGCAUCGAUGCAGGCUGGCUACGAUGCAUCCAAGACGGGCACCUUCAAGGUGGUGAACCUUGCGUUUAACCCCACUAUUGGCUUCCACGAGUAUCGCUUCGACUUCUUGCAGGAUCGCGUCCGCUUCUACGCCGACAGCCGGCUGCUCGCCGAGAUGAAUGGGACCUCGGUGCCCACUAGUCCUGGCCAUCUCAUUCUGCAGCACUGGAGCAAUGGGAACCCCUUGUGGUCUGGAGGCCCCCCAGAGGAAGACGCUGCCCUGACUGUUGGCUACGUCAAGGCCUAUUUCAACUCAUCUGAUGCAAAGGCCCAGUCGAGCUGGAACAGCGCCUGCCAAAAGGCAGUUUCAAAGGGCAGCAACAAGCCGCUGUGUGAGGUUCCCAAUGUGACGUCGCGCGGUUCGCCUGGGCAGCACGUGGGCGACGACGGCGAGUGCACUGCUGCUGGUGCUGGUAUUGACCUGCCUAUAAAGGGGGGAGAGUGA